AAUCCUUUGCCAUUUAGCACUUACAAACAUAUGUCAGCGAUUAUAUUGUUCUGUUGUAAGUUCUGAUAAAACUCUUAUUUUCUGUGCCAGGAACUUGCCAGGAAUCAUUAUGGUGGCUUUUAAAGGUGUAUGGACACAGUCAUUCUGGAAAGCCGUCUCUGCAGAAUUUGUGGGAACUCUUAUCUUUGUCUUUCUUGGUCUUGGUUCAACAAUCAGCUGGACCUCAGCAGACAGCUCUCAGUCAGCAGACAUAGUGCUUAUAUCCCUGUGCUUUGGAUAUGGUAUUGUAACCAUGGUGCAUUGCUUUGGACAUAUCAGUGGUGCUCAUAUUAAUCCUGCAGUGACAAUCGCUCUUGUAUGCACAAGAAAAUUAACACUUGCAAAGUCAGUAUUUUAUAUCAUGGCACAAUGCCUGGGAGCCAUCUUUGGGGCAGGACUACUAUAUCUUAUUACACCAACUGAUAUCACUGGGAACCUAGGUGUAACAAUGAUCAAUGAAAGACUUUCCGUUGGUCAUGGGCUCCUAAUAGAACUUAUAAUAACUUUUCAGUUAGUCUUUACCGUUUCUGCAAGCUGUGAUCCAAAGAACAAGGACAGACUGCCAGCCUUUGCAAUUGGAAUUUCUGUUGUAUUUGGACAUUUAUUUGCAAUAAACUACACGGGAGCAAGCAUGAAUCCAGCAAGAUCUCUUGGGCCUGCUGUCAUUAUGUGGAAAUGGGACAACCAUUGGAUUUAUUGGAUUGGACCAAUUAUUGGAGCAAUCUGUGCUGGAGCAGCUUAUCAUUAUAUUUACUGCCCUGAUGCUGAAUUUAAACAACAUUUAAAAGAAGCACUGAAAAAAGCUGCACAAAAAACAAAAGGGAAAUACAUUGAAGUGGAUGACAAUAGAAGCCAAAUGGAUACAGAUGACAUAAUACAUCGGGGGACUGUACAUGUAAUUGACAUUGAGCAUGAGGAAGGGAAGAAAGGAAAAGACUCAGAAAGUGAAAUAUUAUCUACAGUCUAAAAUGUAUUAGUCACAGUAAUGGUUUAAAAAAAAUUCACAUUUAGAAGCAUCAGAAAAAAAUAUAUAAAAAUUAUUUUUAUACAUGUACUUAUUUGUGGGUCAACAUCAAACAGCCACAUUCAUAAUUACGUGCAAGAAUGAAAUAGCCACUUGCUAGUCUCAGUGGUGUGAAAAUAUUUGUGGUGUACCAGAAUUUGACACUUGGAUUAAAGCUAACAAUAAAAAGAUCUGCCAUAGCAAUGUUUUGACAGGCCUUUCGCUACACUGAUGUGCAUGUGGCAUCUUAGAUAUUUAAUAUCAAGAUGGCAAAGUUCUAAUAGUUUUACCUUUUCUUGGACAAUAAAAAAAUGCAGAUAGUUUAUUAAAGAAAUACUUGCUACUAUGUCAAAAUCCUGACCAUUACAGUGCCUUGAAAAAGUAUUCAUAUCCCUUGAAAUAUUC